AGAGCCACAAGCCGCCGGGAAGAUGCUGGCUCCAACCAUCCAUCUGCUCCUCUGGCUGCUCUGCUGCACGCUGCUCCCAGGUACUGCAACCUUCACAGAUGGCUCUGUCCAUGCCCUAACAGGCCAACCUCAACCCCCAGCAGGCAGCCCUGAAGUACAGAACCAUACCUCAGAGCCUUCAGCAACAUCAACACCAACAACCAUCUUGAAUCUCACCUCCACAGCUCCAACUGCUACAGUCGAAUCCUCUUCUGCUGCUACAACACUGCUGACAUCAACUGCACAAGAUGAAAAGUCUAAUGGAAGCAAAAGCACAGCAGCUUCACCAACUCAAGGUCAAGAGGCCAAGAGAAGUGAGAGCACCACAACAUCAGCAACUCAGGCUGCUUCCUCCUUUUUCUCACAGAGAGGCACCUCAGCACCACCUACUCCAACACCACAGCCCUCUGGCUACUUGCCUGUGCCCACCCCAACAGACGACAAAUCACCGCUGACGGUGGCAGCUUUUGGUGUCAUCAGCUUCAUAGUCAUCCUGAUAGUGGUCGUGAUCAUCCUGGUCAGCGUGGUCAGCCUGAGGUUCAAGUGCCACCACUCAAAGGACUCAGAAGACAAACAGAAGCCAGGGAGCUCCGUGGUAUCAGAGAGCUGCUCGGCAGGCCCAAGCCAGAAGGGUAACAGCAUCACUCUGAUCUCCAUGAAGAACAUCAACACGAACAACAGCAUGAGCUACCCACCCUCAGAAAAGGUGCUAUGAAACCAAGGGCCCAGAGCUUGAAGCUGACACGUGUCAACCAGCAGUGACUUUUAAGGUUCUUUUAUCUUCCCUUGAGGAAAGAGCAAAGGUGGACUUUGUCUAUAAAUUAUGAUGUCCUUUCUGAUCAGUACAUUUCCAGUAGCACCCCACACAGCUUCAACCACCUCCCUGGGCAGCCCAUUCCAGGGCUUGAGAACCCUUUUAGUGAAGAAGUUUCUUCACUAAUGUCCACACAGCUUCCCCACCUGGGGUCUAAAAGGGCUUUCUCCAGUUACAGCCUGCCAUGCUCAGUGGUGGGUGGCUAACUGUAGUUUUGAUAGGCCUUCAGACACUCAGCAGCAUGAAGGAACAUCUGCUUCACUUGCUAAACUGCUGCCUUAAUGGCCUUUAUGGUCCAUGCAGCCAGUCAUGGGCUCGAUAAUCGAGUCAAUCCCAUGCAUAGACUGAAGCUAGAAGCCUAAUGGGACACAGAUGACCAAGUGCUAGGUCAAAUCCCAGCACAACUGCUCCAAGCCCCUUAUCCUUUCUGCCCCCAUUGUCCCUGCAGUGAUGGGGAUGAUCCCAGCCACCUACCUCACAGGGUUGUUGUGAGGCUAUGCUGACUGAUGUCUGUAAAGCAUUUGGGGAGGCAGGGAUUAAAGGUG